AUGGCACUCUCUUUGCCAGACUGGAACAACCUCCAGGUUCUUCAUACCAAUACUCUCCCCCCACGUUCCCACUUCUACCUCUUUCCCGACGAAGCCACUGCCGCCACCGGCGACGCCAACCAAAGCUUCUACAAGUCGCUCAGCGGCCAAUGGAAAUUCAGACAUGACACCUCCCCUCUGAUCACUCCCUCAUGGGAGGAAAUUGAUCCUACAAGCUGGCCCGAAAUCACGGUCCCGGGAAUGUGGCAGCUGCAAGGCUACGGUAAACCGCAGUACACCAACGUAAACUAUCCAUUUCCGGUGGACCCACCGAACGUGCCGUCCGAGAAUGAGGUCGGCUCGUACUGGAGGGAGUUUUAUGUACCUUCGGACUGGGAGAAGGACGCUAGUACCCGGAUUCGGUUCGAGGGUGUAGACAGUGCGUUCCAUCUGUGGGUGAACGGCCACAAAGUUGGAUAUAGUCAAGGAAGUCGGAACGCACAUGAGUUUGACAUCACCGACUAUGUGAACCGAGACGCCAUCAAUAACGUUGCCGUGCGUGUGUACCAGUACUGCGAUGGAUCCUACAUUGAGGAUCAGGACCAAUGGCGAAUGUCGGGUAUCUUCCGCGACGUGUACCUGGUUCCAUUCCUUCCCAACACCAUCACGGACUACGAGGUCCAUACGGAUCUGGACAAAUCGUUUUCCAACGCGGUACUGAACACUUCUGUCACCGUGGAGGGUGAACAUGGCACCCUUCGUUUGCGGCUUCUCGAUCCUUCUGGCGAACAGAUCGCCGAGAAGGAGGGAUCCCCAGCCAACCCGCUCGAGAUCAACGUUUCUUCUCCCCAGCUGUGGUCAGCCGAGACGCCGUCUCUAUACACGCUCUUCAUCUCUUACGGAAACCGGGUUAUUCGCCAGAAAGUUGGUUUCCGACGCAUCGAGCAGAAGGGGUCAAAUUUCGUGGUAAAUGACAAAGCCAUCAUGUUCUACGGAGUCAACCGUCAUGAACAUCACUAUCUGCACGGACGGGCGGUGCCAUACGAUUUCAUGAAGCAGGACCUCCUGCUCAUGAAGGAGCAUAACAUCAACGCCAUUCGCACGAGCCAUUACCCCAAUACCCCCGCUUUCUACGACCUGUGCGACGAGCUAGGAUUCUACGUGAUCACAGAAGCAGACCUUGAAUGCCACGGGUUCAACUCAGUCGAGUCUCUCAUCUUUGACGACCCAACAUUGGAGGGCCUGGAGCGACAGGGUGCUGUCUACAAGAAAGCCAGCAAAUGGACCACGGAUAACCCCGAAUGGCGGGAUGCGUACGUCGACCGCGCCGUGCAAGUCGUCGAAAGAUACAAGAACCACGCGUCGAUCGUCUUCUGGUCUCUGGGCAAUGAGUGCUUCUACGGAAGUAACAUGGCCGCUAUGUAUCACUGGGUCAAGAAGCGCGAUCCUAGCAGAUUGGUCCACUACGAAGGCGACUGGGAGGGCAUCACAACGGAUCUAUACAGCACCAUGUACUACACCAUCGAGGAGAUGAUCGAAAAGACAAACAACUAUAGCGACAAGGCGUAUAUUCAGUGCGAAUACGGACAUGCGAUGGGCAAUGGUCCCGGCGGGCUGAAGGAAUACGUCGACCUUUUCAGGAGAGAACCUCGGAUCCAGGGAGGAUUCAUCUGGGAAUGGAACAACCACGGUCUCCUGACUGAGCAGAAUGGCACCACUUUCUAUGCCUAUGGCGGCGACUUCGGUGACGAGCCGAACGACGCUGACUUUAUCAUGGAUGGUCUGACCUAUUCCGAUCACACGCCCACUCCAGGGUUGACAGAGUACAAGAAGAUCAUUGAGCCAGUGACGGUCACGCACAACGGCAGUCAGCUCAGCAUCAAAAAUCAUUAUGACUUUAUUGACCUCAGUCAUCUGAGUGCGUCGUGGAAGGUUGUCGAUGACACUGGCAGCAGUGACCCUGUUGCAUUGGAAUUACCUAAAAUUCCUGCCGGCACAAUCAAGACUAUUCCAAUUCCCGAGUACAAGGCGAAUGGAUCCCGCGAUACCUGGCUUGAGCUUAACUUUGUCCUCAAGAACGAUACCGCCUGGGCUAAGAAGGGCCACGAAGUUGCCUGGGCCCAGAUCCAAGUCAAAAAGUCCCAGCCCCCGCCUCAAAGCCCAGCAUCCAAGGUCGCUCUCUUGGCUCAGCAGAAAGAGGGUCACCUCCUCAUCACCGGACCGGAACGUCAAACCAACUACUCUGUCAACCUCGAAACCGGCCAGAUCCAAUGGACCGCCCACGGUCAGCGCAUUGUGGAAAGUGGACUCGGACUGGGAUUCUAUCGCGCGAUGACAGAGAACGACGAGGGCGGAGACGGCGACCAAGCAGAGUGGGAAGACUACCGCGUGAACCAUCUCCGUACCUCAAUCCAAAACAUCGACUGGACCAGAAAGAACACGUCCGUGGCUGUCCAGGUGAAGGCGCGCAUCGCCCCGGCCUCUCUCGACUGGGGCGUCAACACCCUCACCACCUACACCAUCUACGACGACGGCAUCGACGUGCACUCCACCGGAUCCUUCUCCGGUAACAAGCCCACCACCGUCCCUCGUAUCGGUCUCGACCUGGAACUCCCCAGCUCCUUCAACCACUGCACCUGGUUCGGCCGUGGUCCCGGGGAAGCCUACCGCGACAGCAAGGAGGCCAACCGCUUCGGCACCUUCAGCCUCCCCGUGUCCGACCUGUUCACGCCGUACGAGUAUCCUCAGGAGAACGGAAACCGACUCGACACUCGCUGGGUGAAACUGGGAUCUACAGACGACGGCAAAGACAGCGUGCUACAAGUCAAGGGAACCAGCCCCUUCAGCUUCACGGCCCGAAACUACCCCGUCGAGGCCCUCAACGAAGCCAAGCAUCCAUACGACCUCACGCCCGUGAACCAAACCUUCCUGCAAAUCGACCACGACACACACGGCCUAGGAACCGGAACAUGCGGCCCGGGCCCUCGACCCGAGCACCAGCUCCACACCGAGCCCUUCGAAUUCAAGGUGUCCUUUAGAGUUGUAUAAACUCCAACUCCAUGAUGACUACAUGACUAUGACCAAGAUGAUGUACAUAGCUUAAUUCAUAAAUGCUAAUCCAUCCAUCUAAAUAU